UUUAUUUAUUAUGGUGGAGAUUACAAUUCAUAUUUUACAUUUACAUUUUACAAAUUGCACUCACUAUAAAAAUAAAUAAAUAAAAUAUGGAUAUGAUUUAUAUGGCUCUAUUCUCUCCACACUGUGGCAAGUGGCAACACAAAAACACUUCUUCCCCCAUUAGAAAAAAAAGAGGCUACAAACCAAAAUGGACAUUCCGCCGCCACACCGGUCGGAACCAACUUCCGACAACCGCUACCUCCGCCGUACUACACCAUUUCAAUCCCUCAAUUUCAAUGCCUUUGCAAUACUCUUCCUCAUCAUUUCUCUCUGUUUCAUCUUCGUUAUCUUAAUUUCUCCAUUUUACAGUUUCAGUUUCCAUUUCUUUAAGCCUCAAUCUCCAUGGAAAAGCAUGGACUUCGUCAGUCUUGCUUUGGUCCUCUUCGCCAUUGCCUGUGGGCUUCUCAGCAAAAACAAUGGCGAAAACACACAAGAAGAAAUUUACAGCGCUAUUGUUACUUCAAAUGAUUCAGAACAAACCCACAAGUCAAAUCCUUCAACCCCAAAUCAAUGGAAUGGUUAUUCAGAUCGGACGGACCAGAUUCUUCUCCAUCAUCUACCGGAGGUCCCCGGCGUUGAAUACUGGAACCUCUUCUCCGGCAGUAGUUAUAUGACCAAUUACCAAUCUCUAAGUUCAGAUUCUCUUCAGCAUUGUCGAAAUUUGAAGGAUUUUGAUGAUGGGUUUGUUUCCAAAAGAGCUUCUAGAGCUACAUUUUCUGUUUAUGAUGAAGAAAUUUCCUCUUCGUUUUCGGCUCUGCAUCAGUUCUCUGUUCCGCCAUUAAUGACAGCACCACCUCAGCCUUCUUCGCCGCCGGUGAUAAUUCCGCCGCCAGGUGCGGUGGUUGAAGCAGAAGUAGAGAGAAACAAUGAAGAGGAUGAAAAUUUUGAACCUGAAUUGCUCGGACUGAAUUUUCAGGCAUUGGAAGGUGAAAUGAACGAAAACGAGAAACAGAGAGAGGUUGAGAGUAAAGAAACAAAGAGGAACAACAAGAAGAAGAAGAUGAAGAAAUGGAAAAAGGGUGUUGAGAAUUUCAAAGAAUUUCUUACUCCACAACAUCGGUACAAUCGACCUUUACCUCCGCCACCAGCGCCACCGCCGUCAGUGGCGGUUCAUCACUACCAAACUUCAAGUAUAAUCGGCGAAAUAAAUAGAGAUUUCCCAGCGCCACCAGAAUCUCCGCCGCAAAAACUCAUUGGUGUGAGAACCCAAAAUAGCACCGGUGAGCAACCGCCGUCGACGGCGGCGGAAUUGCAGAUUGUAAUGAAAGGGGAUUCAACAAGAAACGAAAAUGCAGAGAGAACGAUUACGGAAAUUCGUGGGAUUCCAGAUGUAAACAGUAAAGCUGAUAGUUUCAUUGAGAGAUUCAGAGAGGGUUUGAAAUUGGAGAGGAUGAACUCGAUCAAGGAAAGGCAGAGGAAGACGAAGACAUCCAUUUUGGGCCGUAUGGGCCCAGAAUAGUAAGUUGCUCGGCCCAAAAAUUUUAUUUAGGGGUUUAAGAAAAGUUAGUAUUUCAUAAAUAUCUUGAAUUUUGAUUUUUUUUAAGGAGGUCUUUUUAGGACAAUUGUAUCAUUUUUCAUUUAUUUAUAUCUGAUUUUUGUAUAUAUUUCACUAUUUUCGAAGCCACUUAAUGAGAAGAGAGAAAAUAAAAAAAAUGUAUUUAAUAUAAUUUUUCUUAUUUAUCAAUUGAAGAGAGAAAAUGCAUUUAUUGUAAUUUUUUUUUCCAUUUUUCAAUUUGGAAAAAAAUGCACUUAAUGAA